CCCGAGACCAAAUAGCGAAUCCACUCUGCUGCGAAAAAAAAAAAUCCCCAAACACCAACCCAAAUCUCUCUCUCCCUCCUCUCUCUCCCCUCUCUCUCUCUCUCUCUCUCUCUCUCUCUCUCUCUCCAGCCAUGUCCGAAGCGCCGCCAAUGGAGAAGGUGGAUACGGCGGUGAAGGACAAGCGCUGGCAGAAGAAGGACGGGCGGAAAUGGGUGCUCCUGGCUUGCGUGCCGCACGUCGUCCGCGGCGACUACUUCGAGGCUGGCAUGGACAACGUGAUCAAGGCCGCAUUAGCUCCGCGCGCCACCCGCCUCGUCGUGCACCGGAGCAUCGCGCCGCGCCGCAAGACCAUCGACGACCACCCCUUCGUCGCCGGCGCCGACUGCCAUGGCCGCCUCCUCCUCUACGCCAGCCAGGGGCCCGAACCGGAGCCGCCCGUCCUCGACGGCUUCUACCGUGGGCCACUCGGCGAGCACCACGGCUUCCCCAAGGCGUACUUCAUCUGCGACACGCUCAAACACAAGUCCACCCGCCUCCCCGACCACGGCUUCCCCAUCCUUCACCCCGGGAACGCUGGUCUCGUCGCCAUCACGAAAACCAUCUUCCACGUCGCCGAUCUCCACCCCAUAGUCGGCUCAGACAAGGCCGCCCUGCUCAUCUACUUCUCGGUUCCCGAAAUCUGGGCGACGCAUGUGGUCGACUACCCGCCGCGCGACCGUCCCUGGGGCGGCAACGGCGUCGUCGUGCACAAGACGAUAGUCUGGUGGGUGGAUCUCUCCUACGGUCUCCUCUCCUGCGACAUCAGCGCGAGACGUCAGAAUCUGCGCUUCGUCCCGCUCCCUCCGGAUUGCGAGCUGCCGCCGGGCACGCCUGACCUCGAUAAGCGCCGGUGCGUUGGGUUUAGAGGCGACGAUCUCCGGUACAUGGGGAUCCACGAGCGCGAGUACGACGGCAAACCGGUGGUCAGCAUGUGGACGCUGGUCGAUCAGGAUGCCGGGACUUGGCGUCUCGACUGUCAGCCGCUCGUCAAGGAUAUCUGGAACGACGAGGGCUACAAGGCGACCAAGCUGCCGCGGGAGAUCCCCACGGUGGCGUUCAUACACCCGGAGCUCCCCGGCAACGUGGCCUACUUCUUCAUGCGCUCGCGGCUGUUCGGCGUCAACCUGUACACGCGCAAGGUCCUGGAGUGGCAGUUCUUCGCGAUGCUGAACCCGCCGAUGCGUUACCACUCGUCCCGAUUCGUUCGUGCUUGGGCUUGCCCAAAUUCUGGUAAGUAA